AUGCUGAGAGAACAAUGGCGCUUCGCAUUGUGGUCUCUCUGGAUAUCCAGCGGCGUGGUAAUGCAGGGCUACGAUCUCGUCGGUGGUGGUCAGCUAGCGGCCCUGCCCCAGUUCCGGAAGAAAUUUGGCAUUCUGGAGGCGAACGGCAGUUACUUGAUUCCUGCUCAUUAUCUUUCUGCGUGGAGCUCUAUCGCUCCGGCUUGUGAGAUUGUCGCAACGUUUAUCUUCGCGCCACUGCUCGAGAAGUUUGGGCGGAAGCCUGGGAUUCUGGUUGCUGCCUUCAUCUCCGCGGGAGGUAUCCUCCUCCAGCAGCUGGCAGGUGAUUGGACAGUACACCUUGCCGGCCGUGGCAUCAAUGGCAUUGCCAUCGGGAUGAUGUUUACAAUCUCUCCCCUCUGGAUUGGAGAGACUUGUCGCCCCGAGCUUCGGGGGUUCUUUCUCUGCUUCUUCAAUACAAGUAUCGUCUUCGGGCAAUUUGCAAUUGUGGCUGUAUCGAAAGGCAGCAGCUAUCUGACAACUAAAUGGCAAUGGUGGCUACCUGUUGUCUCCAUGUACAUUUUUCCGCUCAUUCUCGUAUCUGGUUGGCUAUUCUUCCCAGAAUCGCCUUACUGGCUAAUCCGCCAGGGCAAGACGGCCCAGGGCCGAAAAUCUCUUAAGGUUGUGUACGGCUUCAGGGAUGAAUCAUUUUAUGACGCCGAAAUCAAUCGUAUGGAAGCGGAGAUCCGUGUGACAAGAGAUAUUCAGGGCGAUAUCGAUGCGAGACACCGUGGCCGAAUAUGUGGCAUCAACUUCUCGGCCGAGGCCGAGUGCUUCCGAGGCACCAACCUCAAACGGACAAUGACGGCCAUCUUCGCAGCGAGCGCCCAACAAAUGAUCGGUGCGACUUUCGUUAUAGGCUACGCGACAUACUUUCUUGAGCUCAUCGGCGUCAAUGAUUAUUUUAAUGCGUCUGUGGCUUUGUAUGUUGUCAUGCUUCUCGCGAGUAUGGCUGCUUUUCCACUCACGGAGAUUAUCGGUCGCCGCACUUUGAUUGUUGGACCUCAGUUUGCCCUUUGCGCUAUGCUUCUGCUCAUUGGAGUCAUGGGGUGCAUCCCCGAUCGUGCCAAAGCGAGUUGGGGCAUCGUUGCUUUUAUAUACGUAUGGGCUAUUAUUUACCAGCUUUCUAUUGGGGCUACAGGAUUUGUGCUUGCAUCGGAGCUUGCCACCAUGCGCCUCCGUGGUGCGACUCAAGGCCUGGUUACCAUUUCGAACGCUGUUUGGGGCCUUAUUAUGCAGUUCACUAUUCCUUACAUGAUUAACCCUGAUGCCGGAAACCUCGGAGGCAAAGUAGGAUUCAUUUUCCUGGCCACUGGUUUAAUUGCUGCUGUGGGAGGAUUCUUCCUGUAUCCAGAGACCAAGGGAAUAUCAUUUGAGAAACUUGAUGAACUGUUUGCUCUCAAGGUGAAACCACGGCACUUCAAGCAGAAGGCGAAGGAGACUGCACAUAUCGUCACAGGCGAGGUAAAACUGGACACCCGUAGUGUUCAUGCGGAGCAAAUUGAAGCUUGA